CGAGCCAGCACAACCUGAAAGACAACAUCACUUGCCAAAAGCCAAAAUGCUCACUUCAGGCCUACUCGUCACGCUCGCCAUGGCGGGCUCCGUCGUCGCGAGUGCUGUAGUCCGCAAGCACGCGACCUGCCUCACGUCUGACGACCUCACCAACAUCGCGCCGGAUACCGUAUCAUGUAUGGGGGCCGCUGCGCCUACAGAAUGCGCGCCAGCAAGCGUCGCAGCGCCCAACAUUGAGCAGUCGUUUCACACAUUCAAGAUUGAGUCCUUCGGUGCACAAGCAGCUCUGGUCGCCAUCAUGCUCUUUGAGUCUGGCGAUUUCAAGUACAAGAUCAAUCACUAUCCGGGCGUCGCAGGCCAGGGCACCAGAAACAUGCAGUCUCCGGCAUUCAACGCGAAAUAUGCUGACUGGAUCGUGGCCAAUGGAGACGACGCCAACAUCACCCAAGAGAGCGUGAGUGCCGCGAGUGCGCAAGGCCUUGCAAACCUCUUGAACUUGAUCAAUACGGAUAAGUGGGGCUUCGCAAGUGCUGCUUGGUUUGUCUCGACACAGUGCGAUGCAAGCUAUGUGCAGGCUCUGAGCGAUGGCACUCAGGCGAGUUUUGAGAGUUACUUGACAGGAUGUGUGGGAACGACUGCUACGAGCGACAGGCUUGCGGGAUGGCAAAAGGUCAUUGCCCUGAAGCAGUGGUAGUUGCAAGAGCAACAUGAGCGCACACUGCAGAGUGACGGGAUUGGGCAUGUGUUGCGAACGACAUCGAGAUACCAGUACCAUCAUGUACAUGGAUGUACCUGUGUACCUUACCUUAGCUAAGCUGCCUAAGCACGACGGAAAGA